AUGGCCGCUACUAGACCCAGCGCGUGGCUCCGUGCAGCUCGCAAUCUGCUUCCCUUUCCGCUCGCCUUCCUGCAGCUCCUCGCCGCCACCGGCGCCAGCGCCGUGCAACCUAUCCUUAACGAAUUCCCCUCCGCCACGCGCGGCGUCGCCCACCGUGCGCUCGCCCACGCGGACUCCGCCGUGUCCCCGCACAGGGUGGAGCGCCGAAAGCUGUUCAGCUCGGACGGCGUGAUCGUCGAUCAGAUCAUUGCCGACAGCCUGGGCACGAUCGACGGUCCAGAGGACGACGAGGUGACGACGAAGAUCGUGGAGCUAUUCAUGAAUGCGGGGUACAACGUGAUGGUCAUUCAGAGCGAGCACUCCGUGCAGGGCGACCCGACGUCCGCGGCGGUGGAGGUGUGGCACUUCUGGGAUAACUCCGAGUUCACCGUGUAUUACAAGCAGGGCCCGUUCUCUGUGGAGAAUCGUGGCAAUGGCGGGUACGAGAACUGGGCGUUCGGAGGCAACUGGCAGCGCUACGGCGCCGAUGAGAAGGUCGUCAUGUUUUCCUGA